AUGCCCCGCGGAAGCCGCAGCCGAGCUCCUUCCCGAGCCGCUCCCCCCGCUCGCCCUCCUCCAACCGUGCAGCCCCGGCAGCCGGACCUAAUGGCGCAGGCGGCAAGCACGGCGGCAGCUGUGGGCCACGUCAUGGGGAGCGCGCUGACCGGGGCCUUCCGUGGUGGAAGUGGCUCGGAGCCUGCCAGGGCCGAUGUCACCUACCGGGAGCCUCCAGUGGCAGCCCCUCCGGCCCAACCUCAUCCCCAAGACUUCAGACCCUGCCGGUAUGAAAUGAAACAGUUUCUGGAGUGUGCCCAGAACCAGCAUGACCUAACCCUCUGUGACGGUUUCAAUGAGGUGCAAAAGCAAUGUCGCUCUGCACACAGUAUAUACUGAAGUGGGAGUUGCCUGUCGAAGGAUUCCUGUUGUGUCCAUUUAAUUUUAGUGAUGAGGCUACAGAGACCAGAGUAAUGUAUGAUUGUUAAAAUGUGAAUA